GACGCAACAACCCAGAACAGCCACUUUCCACCUGACACUGCAUGCUUAAAGUUAUCAGCUCAGAGUUAUACAGACAGGUUCACUGCAGGUACUAUUAUAUACAACCGUUUAUAAGUUGAAGAAUCGGAUUAGAUGAAACUAAAGGGUUACAAGGCUUCAAGUGGAACACUCAGAAGUUCAAAUGUUCGUCAGAAGAGCACUGUGGGUUGUGAUCGAGAGAUGAUCUAGAUUUGUGGCAGUGACCUCACAGAAUUCAGUUGCAGCUCAGCCAGCAGAUUGCUGACUUGUCCAGGGUGCACCUUACCCCUCGACCUGUGAAAGCUGAGAUAGACUCUAGCUUUCACCGCUGCGAUGCUAAAUUGGUGAAGUAGAAGAAAAUGGAUGAAUGGAUGACAAGAAUCAGAAAGCAGUCAGUCAAUACCUAAAGCAACUACAGUCCUUCAAAUCUUCCAGUCACAGUCACGAGUCACCAUCCCAGCAGCCUCUAAGAAAGAAAACUGUCGACUUAAUGGAGAGAAAUAAGAAAACCCUUUCCCUGUUUAUUCUGCUGCCUGUGCUGCUGCUCUGCAGAAGUGAUGAGUGUCCCAGCCUGCCACAGAAUCUCACUUGCUACACUGACUACAAUAAAAUCAUCACAUGUUUGUGGAACAGCAGAUACAUGUCUGAUGACACUGCAUGCACGAUACAUGCUCAAUAUAAAUCUCGCUACAUUUCUUACAGCGCUUCCUGUGACCUAAAAUCUGUUGAUGUCUCCAGACCAGCCCUGAAGAAGUGCUCCCUGAUCUUUGAAAUUGAAUACACUUUUCUGCCUUCCCAUGAGUUGUCCCUCAAUCUGAGCUGUAACCAAAUGAAGAGUGUAAUUACUUCCUUCAAGCCAUCCUGUCAUAUAAAGGUGAAUCCUCCUGCAGAGCCAAAAGUUUACUUCACCUCUGUUUCCUGGUUGUCCCAAGUCCACAACCAUGAAAGGAUCAGUUCAUACAGAAGUGAACUGCAGUGGAAGAAGCAGGAUCAGUCAUGGAGUGAUCCUGCUGUGUACAAAAAACUUGGCAUUCAGUGCAAUGAAGAGGAGGAGUGCAAGAUACAGCCGGGGUGCAAGGGAGAGCUGGAGCAAGAUUUGCUGAUACAAGGCGAGAGGUACGAGGCACGAGUUCGUGUGCGGUCUGUUAAACCUCAACCCGAGGGAGCCUGGAGUGACUGGAGCCCCACUGCAUCAUGGGAGUCACAAAUAGGGAAAAUAAAACCAACAUCAGGUAUUACGUUUGUUGUGCCUGUAACGAUAGUCGGUGUGGUGGUGUUGCUGGCAGGCCUGCUCUUAAGCACUCACAAAACCACCUGGGUUUACAUAGUAAAGAAAAUCAAAGGUCGACCCAUACCAGACCCAGGAAAAUCCUUCCCUGCGAGAAAUCCAGAGUGGGUUCACCAGUGAAUACUUUCACUCCUUCUUAAAACCAGUGGAAAUGAUCACUGUAGAAUUAACCUCGCCUGUGGAUGCUGCUGUGGCCUACAAGCCAGAUGAGAAGAUGGUGUUGAACAAAGGCAGCUAUGACUCCACCAGCUCCAGCUUCUCUAACCCAAGUUACUCUGAGCUUUGUAGCCCUCCUCCUAUUUCCUCACUCACUGCUGGGAACCUGAAGCCCUGUGCGGCUGACACGCCUUAUGGCCCUGUUGGUGCUCAGGGUGAAGGAAAAAGCACAGAACAGGAAAGCGAUGAAGCGAGCGAGAAAGAAAAGGAGACGUUAAUGUUGCUGCUCAAAGGCAGCAGUAACAGUGAGCCAGUGCAGGUGAUUUCAGACUACGAGAAAACUGAGAGGCUCGACAAUGAUCGAUUUAGGCUCCAGAGUCUAGAUUCAGGCAUGUGCAGGUGUGAAAAGGUCAGUGAAGAGAGCAUGGAGGCAGAUAGCAUCAAUAUGACUGAUAGCCAUGAUGAGGAACCUGAGGGUGAGGAAGAGAAGGAGGGAGGGAAUGAACAAAAGGCAGAUUUUCAGAGGCUGUUUGGAAGCAGCGGAGGUGUGUUUGGCAAGUUUAUUCAGGUUUGUUCUGAUUAUGAGCGAGUGGAGAAACAGCAGGUUGACAGCCCGGAGCUUCCCAGCUUGGAUUCAGGUGUUAGCAGUAGUGGAGAGGAGACAGGUCACAUGACAAAGGGGUUUGCUCUGAUGUCAACAGGCAGGUCGGUGGAGCCCUCUGGUGCUGGAUAUAUGCCAGUGAAACAGGAGGAGGGCUGAGAGCAGACAGCAGGCUCAACUAGCAGGACAAAAUAGCAUGUAGCACUUGGAGGAGUCAUCACAGCCAGUCAGUUCUCAGGAAAAUGUAACAUCACAUAAAUCUUUAUCCACUUCACGCUGUUUAGUAAUGGUGGUGGUGAUAUUCAAUGCAAAAUUAUGUUUCAUAUAUCAGAACUGUGCACUAUAACCUUGCUUUUAAAAGUGAAUUAUUACAUCAGAUAUUUCUACUGUUAAAAGAGAAAUGCAUUAUCUAAUGAAAAACUAAACCGAAAUUAAUAAUAAUGUGGUUAUAUGAAUAAAACUGUUUGCAUUCAUAUUGUGUUUUUAGUGAGAUCAUCUAAAUGGCAUGUAGCUUAUUGUACUGAAAUAAAUGUUUGUAAAGGAAUGUAAGUUCCAGAUAGCUGAGAUAGUUGUGUUUUCUGUAUAGUGUGUGAACUGAUGUCAUUUAGAGGGUAUCAUGAUAAUCACAUAUUAACUAUAAUCAGGAUAUUUGAAAAUCAAAUGUCUAGAUAUAGACUGAUAUAGAUAUGUCUUGUGAAAAAUGUGAUAUUGUGACAGCCCCAAGGACAACAGUACGGUAUUAACAGAGCUGUGUCUGUCGCCAUCAUCUGUCCCGUGUCAAAUAAAUAUCAACAUUUCUAACUUA